AUGGACCUGAUAGACAUCCCAAAUUGGGCCAGCGACAACUCAAGGACUAUCCACUUGAGCGUCAGGUAUCUCAAUGCGCCCUACGAGCUCAAGGUGAGGGAGUUCGUCCCUCUCCCAGGCGACAUGCUUGAAGAGCAAUGGACAAAAAAUGGUCAGGUUGUAUACUAUCCCCUUCCGGCUUAUGGCAUUGCUGUCAUGGAGGAGGCAGCCGUUUCUAUCGGUAAUAUGAUAGAGAGACAGGUCUCUAAUUUUGUCGCCGCGACCUUGAAUGAGCGCGGCUCGAACCAUCUUGUUUGGGACACGUACCUAGUUGCUUUCCGGCGGGCGAAUAAUGCACCGACUGAAGAAGAAAGAGCACUUCUCUCUAAUACUUUUCGGCUGUGGGUGCUCUGUCGUAUCAAUUGCAAUUCUGAGCAUAUUGUCGGUGAAGAUAAACUGGACACACCGACUGUCGUUGAUCCGGAUAGUCCGUAUUAUGGCAGCGUCCCCGCGUCUCCCGUUCUAAAUGCUCAACUUGAAUGCAUCUAUUAUACGAAGUUUCUUCGGCCUUUCAGCGACAGAGUUCUCCGGCUGCUGAGAUCCUUGAUGGACAGUCCAAAACGCCAAGAAUACUGGUUUACCAUCUAUCUAACGCUUUUCCUACUACUCCACAGCUGCUCCAUGACGACUAGGAGAGAUAAGGAGUAUGCAUCUCAGAUCAGUCUAUCGGCCACUUUCUGCAAUCCGAACGGCAUCAACGAGCAUAAUUUCGGCUCCAGGACGCUACUGGCUCAAUUCCACAUGGCCUUGAAAGGAAGCCUCCCAUUCCAGCUAGCAUUGCAGGGGGGUCACCACGCUGAGCACCUCUCAAGUUGGUUGACACCAGGCGAGAUGAAUUUUGUACGUUCGUCAGCGAUCCAAGCAGCUGCCCUCAGUGAGUUUUCCCUCAAUCGCCGGCUUGUUGAUGCCGAAGAAUAA